UGCAGGUCAAUAGUUGUUUUAAAAGAAAUAAGCGACUAUUUUCACAAUUAUCAGCUUGGACGGAGUUACUAAUGAAUAGUAGGCAAAUAGGUGAUUCUAACAUAAUGGAUAACUCAAACGUUAGAUGGGCUUUCAAUGCUAACUCCUGGCAACCAACUCUAGACCAGAUAUUAGCAGCAUCAAGUUAUAUUCAACAAGAGGAAAAAGAGAGAAUCACAAGAUUUGUUUUCCAAGAUGAUGCAAAAUCAUCAUUGAUAGGACGUCUUAUGAUGAGAAAAUUUGUACAUGAUUCAACAUUGUUGCCUUAUGAGAAUAUACGUUUUCAAAGAGAUGACCGAGGCAAGCCUUACCUGGCUAAUGCUGGUGAUGUACCAAUCAAUUUUAAUGUAUCACACCAAGGCGAUUAUGUCGUGCUUGCUGGUAAUACGAUGAAGAAUAUAGGCAUUGAUGUAAUGAAGAUUGAACCUCCAUUACAUAAGAAUGUACCAGAAUUCUUUCGUAUUAUGAAAAGACAGUUUUCUGAAAGAGAAUGGUCUAAAAUUUUAAGUUAUCCCACUGAGCUAAAGCAAAUUGCAUGUUUUUAUCGUAUGUGGUGCUUGAAGGAGAGUUAUGUUAAGAAUAUCGGGAUUGGUAUUACUGUUCCGUUGGAUAAAAUAAGUUUCUCUGUUAAAUCUGAAUUGAAAGUUGGUGAUAUUGUCUCUGACACAAUGUUGUAUGUGAAUAAUACUCUUAAAGAAGAUUGGUUAUUUGAGGAGACGUUGCUGGAUGACAGGCAUGCUGUCGCUGUGUCUUUCCAACAAGAUAGAAAUGUGAAGACAUCUCCUGUCCCCUAUGACUCUUUAAGCUUUGAUGAUAUAGUGAGAGAUGCUAAGCCACUAGUAGAGCCUGAUGCCACAUUUGCUAGCAAUUUUAUCUCAAAAGAAUUUAAAAAAAUCUAGUAAAUAAAUUGUGUGGUUAAUUAGUUUUUUUUUUAUAUGUUUUCAAUUCUUAUGUUUGUUUUUAAUUGCGGUGUUAAGGAAAAAUGUUUAUGUAGUUCUUAAGAUAUAACUUUCAAUCAUAUGAGUGUUAUUUAUCUAAUGAGAAAUAAAAUAAUAAAAU